CCAUUGUAGCCUUGUGGAUGGUAGCAGAGAAGCGGUACAGUCUUCAAGUCUCUAUACGUAGGUAGCAAAGCAAAAGAAUGGCAGACCUGAUGGACAAAGUUUCGCUUACGUAAUGGUCGACCAUAUGACUUGGAUUUCUGCUGCGAUCUUCCCACGACUUUCCGUGUCGCACAGCAGUCCCGGUGGCAACAGCUUGCUUUCUAUGAGAUCUCGGCUCGCAUGCAUCCCGCACUCGCUUUGGCGUCCGCGACCUGCGGCUCCCAGACCUCGCCUGGUUGACACCACGCAGAGGCUGGCGAGGCGGAUCCACCUCGAGCCCUUUCUGAUGCCGCCUAUCUACUUCACUGGCCUGCUCGGCGCGCUUUGGUUGUGGAAGUGCAUGAUGCUGGUUGUGUUCCAGAAUAAGAUAAUAUACAUGCCAGGUAUGCCGCCGAACUCACGCCGCGAGACGAUAGCCGACUACGCAUCCGAAUGUCGGGGGAUUCAAUGGCACGAGAACAGAACGCGAGCAGCCGACGGCACGAGUCUCGCGCUGGCGGUCGCCAAUGCGCACUCCAAGGGGGAAGAGGCGAGUAAAGGAUCGGGGGCCGGGAAGGAGAGCAUAGCUGGCCACGUUUACAUCCUUUACUUCCAGGGAAACGCCUCGUCCAUACCGCCUCGACUUCCCUAUCUCUCUUCAGUUCUUCGUACCCUCAAGGAUAGCAAGAGAGCCGGACUUCCGCCGGUCCAAUUCACGUUGGUUUGUCUCAGCUAUCGUGGCUACUGGACUUCUAGGGGGCGGCCGUCGGAGAAGGGGAUUAGACGCGACGCCGAGGCGGGAUUGCGAUGGAUUACCCAGUGCCAUGCAGAGACAUAUGCGGGCAGUGAUCGAUUGGCAAAACCGAUUGUUUUGCUAUGGGGACAGAGCAUUGGCUCUGGGGUUGCCACCAACCUCGCCGCUUCGAGUCCUCCCCAGCCGGUACUGAGAGUGGACGGGGUGAUACUCGAGACUCCGUUCCUGUCUGUCAGGGCUAUGUUGGAAGUCCUCUAUCCUCAGAAGUGGCUUCCUUACAAACGCCUGUGGCCGUUCCUGCGCAACCAGCUGGACAGCUGGCAGAAUCUCGGCGCAAUAGCUGAAAUGUCGAAGGCCUCGGGUAGCAAACCCCCUCAAAUGUUCAUUCUAGAGGCCGGAAGGGACGAGCUCGUUCCCCAAGAACACGGCGAGAAACUGGAACAACGGUGCAUUGAAGUAGGAUUACCAGUCUACAAGAAGACAGUCCAUAAUGCCUUUCAUAACGAAGCAAUAACACGAGCCGAGGGCAGGAAGGCGGUUACAGAGUUUGUCCUUCAACAGACUCAGCGGCAUAUGGAUGAUACGAUGUCUACCGACUAGAUAGCUUAAUUACCUUAAUCUGUUCCUGGAGAAAGAACUCGUCACUAACGUUGGGAAUGGGGGCAUACGUCAAUUGCGCUAAGUUCUAAAGACCAGUACCUAGGCUCUGGUCUAGCACGGUUCGUUUUGCCCAGCAUUUCACGUUGCGAUGCGGUAUGGUACGUACCAAGUAUCUGUGGUCAGCUGGUUCCACAGGACUUUGCGCUUCCGGAGCAAUGAGAUGGCGUGUGCCAGGUUGUGAAUUGGGGGCUGGUGGCACUCCAGGCCAGGUGAAAGUUUGCUAGGUUGCUAUCAAAGGCGCACUCAAGACUGGAGCAUAUUGUGUUUGUGAGGAC